AUGUUCGACAGAUUCAACUCGUACACUCAUGAAAUCUGUAUUGAUGGAGCAGUGGUCGUUGACACUGAUGGAGUCCAUAACGAUAGCACUCAAGUCGAAAGACCAUCGCAGGUCGUUUCAUACUCUGCGAGGGCCGUUGAAAAGCUCAGCGACAUCAUCCAGACCAUGAACGUCUCGUACCCUCACUCCAUCAAGAAGGGUAGUGUCACCGUCAGCGGGUCCAACUCGGCCAUUGACGAAGCUACCUUCAAAUCCGCCGAUAUUAACAUCAUCGUCACGGUCAAAGUAACCAAUCAGACGACUCUGAUCAAGAACAACGCGAGAUUUGUUCCCAUGAAGGGUAUUGACCCUUCGUCUCAAGCCUUUAAUGAAGCAUACGGUGAUUCUUAUAUCUCGGGGUUCAUCGAGGGUGGAGAAUUCACCGGCAUCAUCUCGGUCAAAGUCAUUGAUCGAAACAAUGUUGAUCUGACCGUCAAGAAGAUCAAAGCCAGGCUUGACGCAAAAGACAGCAGCAAAGCCACCAAGUUUACUCUCAACAGUAGCGAUUCUUUCUCUUCUAGGGGAUCUGCUUCUAUUAUGGAGAACACCGAAAGUCACAUCCAUGUUUCUUGGAUGGGCGGCGGGCAAAUCAAGAAUGAAAACACACCAUGGGAUAUAGAUUCCAUUUUCCAGGCCGCUGCUGCUUUUCCUCAGAGGGUUUCUGAACGCCCUCAGCUCACCUGGGCCAUCUUGACGAAGUACAAGUCAAAUAGAUCAUUCAUUGAGUGGGCCAGCAACAAGCCUGUCAAGACUCUGGAAUACGACCAAGUCAGCAGCUAUACCGCUGAGCUCUUCGACAGCUACAUGGACUAUAAGAUUCUACUCAAGUAUGUCCAGCUCAUCAUUGAUGACCCAGAGAGCUAUGAAGCUGUCGACGGGGAAGAUGCCCUGGACACAUCAAUCGAUACACUCUUGGGGGUACGCUUCGCUAUGCGCAAAGAGCAAGGCAAGAUCAUAGAAGCUACUUCUGUCCUCAGCCGUGAUCCUGGUAUCCUUUCGCGCCAGGGUGGAUGGGGGAAUGGUCGAGCCAAUAAGGUACUGAAUCGAAUCUUGAGCAAGACUACAGGGUACACCAGCGAGAAGUCUAAAUCAACAACUCAGAAAGUCUCUGUACACGGCCAGGAGGACUUUGACUUUUCUGCUUUAAUACCAGCUGAGGUUUGGAGGAAAUGGAUGCCAAUUCCCAAGCUCGCUUCCCCAACUUCAUCUAACAGCAAGACACCCACGACAUUGGGUCCUUCCGCUGCCGGCUUGCCUGACCUUGGCCCUCCACCUUCAGAUGACCAAGACUGGCAUGGGAACUACGCGUCAGCAUUACAAGGAAGACUCAAUGCUGUCACUCGAGACUUAGAAGCCAAGACCGAAGAACAUGCUGGACACGCAAAAAGGUUCCAAGACGAGAUCGACAAGAUCAAAUCGGACAGCGCCAGCGAGUUAGAAGCUCUGAGGUCGAAACAUAACGACGAGCUAGAGGAUAUCAGAAAGAGGCAAUCUGACUAUGACACCCUGAGAGCCGGACAGCAGAGCGAAAUCGAACAAACACUCCAGCGCCUUGAGAAGGAAAAGCAGGCGGCUGUUGAUGCUGCGAGAAAGGAUGAACAAGAGAAGUACGACACUUUGCAGAAAAAGUGCGACGACUUGUCCAGACAGCUCCAGUCGCUUACGGCUGAUUUGGGAACAAAAAUGCAUAAUGAGAAAAGGGCUGCCCUUGAAAAGCUCGAAAAAGAAAAGAACGAUGCAUAUAAUUCUCUCAAGGAAAGCUAUGAAAGCUUAAAAAAGCAGCUCGGCGAUUUGAUAGCGACAGAUGCCACCCUGGCCACCAACAGUAAGAGCUUGGUAGCAGAAAAGAUCUCUUUGACCACCCAGCUACAAGAAAAGACCUCGGCGUAUAACAGCCUCAAAGCUUUGUACGAUAAUCUGAAGAGGGAUCACGACACUUUAAGUGUGAAAGAAACAGCUUGGACAACCGAAAGGACGACGUUGAAUGGCCAAAUCACCAAGGUUACAAACGACAAGAAUUUUGCUGAUGGCAGGAUUUCUAAAUUGAAGGACGUCAUGCAGUGGGCGGGAUUAUACGAAAACAGUCGAAUGGACAAUUGUCUGCCUCAUGGUUUCAAUGGCUGGACUGUGAUGAUCAUGAUGCCACACAGCAGGAUGGCUCUAAAUGCGAACAACGGUAUCUCAUCCAGCCUAGAUAAUCCUGUUCGAAGUUACUGA